AUGACUACUAGUUCUAGUGAUGAUGGGUUUGAGAUUAUCGACGGCAAGCAGAUUCCCUUUCGGCCUGCUAGCGCUAGCACGGUCACUAUGGAAGAGAAUCUGACGCAAGAGCCGAUACUGAGCAUACACUCCAUUCCCAACAAGGAUUCUAUGAUCGUCUCCAUCCAGCCUCCUCUCAAGCCAGGGAACGAUGUCCCACAUGUUCCUUGCGACAUCGUUCUUGUGAUUGACAUUUCUGGGAGUAUGAAUUCCGCAGCUCCUAUACCAACUGGUGAGAAAGGCGGCGAGGACACUGGUCUGAGCAUAUUGGACUUGACGAAGCAUGCCGCCAAAACAAUCAUCGAGACACUCAAUGAAAAGGACAGGCUUGCAGUGGUUACUUUCUGCACGGAAGUUAAUGUUGCUUUUGAGCUUGAUUACAUGAAUAAAGAGAAUAAAUCAACUGUGUUAAGCGCCGUUGACAAGCUUUAUGGCAAGAGCUCAACCAACUUAUGGCAUGGGAUAAAAAAAGGCCUCAACGUCCUCGCCACGAAUCCUGCCCAGGGGAAGAUACAGUCUCUUCUUGUCUUGACGGAUGGUGCAUACCCCUCUCUUUUUACUUUCGUCCUGCUCGCGGAAACUAAUUAUUCGAAUUAUUCGCACCAGGUGCUCCCAACCAUAUGUGUCCUGCCCAAGGAUAUGUUCCCAAAUUACGCCAUACUCUAUUGGACCACCAUAACUUAA